GAGUGGACUUUAUCUAAGGAUUCAAGAAUAUAUUUUUUAAAAAACAAACAGCAAAAAACAAAAGCCUUGAUAUUUAGUCUCUAAAAGUGUUUCUUGAUUGGGAAGUUGUGUGUUGUUCAAAUCCUGGACAGACUCUUAUGUGACUUGAUACACUGGGAGUGGGAAACUGAAGAAUUGCUCCAUAGGAAGAAAAUGAAGUAAAGUAUCAUCUGGAUGGCAAUUCCGUGGAUCACGUCAAAAUGAAUUUGCCGAGUAGUUUUGCUUUCGAUUAUGGAUGAAUGAAUUGUGUGGAAUUGCAUCUUUUUCUUAUGGCAUAUCAUUGGCUGUGAAUAUUCAUUUAGAUCUUUGUUUCGGUUGUGAACUUAAUUUUCUUUUAUUUAUUUAUAACUGGGAUUUUUAUUCUGUUGUAAACUAUGUUUUUAAGACGGUAUAUUGAAAGGUUGAAGACCUCUUGCUUCCGACACAAGUCCAGGCCGAUUUCUAUAGUGCGGGUAUUCAUAGUUGUGAUACUGUUCAGUCUUUUAACGUUUUUCAUACUAUCCUACAAACUAAUGACCCCCCGACAUGUUCGCAAAGUGGCACACCCACCAAAACCCAAGUUUCAAUGUCGAGUCAACAGGAAGUUGCAGUUUGCUCCAAGGGACCACAAUUCCAGGGAAAACUUGCACAUCAGUAAAAAGGUGCUUGUGUUCGCCGAGUCGCAAUAUCCCAAACUGGUGCGACAAAUUACACAGACACUUGAGCUUGCAAGAUUCGAAUAUAAAAUUGAAAGUACAGGGAAACACCUUCCACCCCUGACCCACCAGGACAAGGGACGGUGGUCAGUUAUCAUUUUUGAGAAUCUGGAAGCUUAUUUAUCAAUGGACCAAUGGAACAGAGAUAUGAUUGACAAGUACUGUAAGGAAUACAAAGUUGGCAUGAUUAUUUUUGUACACUCGGCAGAUGAGUUAGGAAUAGACAGAGAAAAAGUGACUGGAUUUCCUUUAAUUUUGCGUUACAACAUGGGACUUAAAGAUUUCCAUCUCAAUGCGUAUUCUGAAAUGUGGAGGAUUGCCAGACCAGGGGAGAUAAUCGAUGGUCCCCUGGCAGACGACGAUUGGACUGUGUUUGAAUAUCAUAACAACACAUACGAACCUCUUGCUUUUGCUAGAGCUGCACCCAACAAAUUUGUGGAAGGAAACGAACAAGACAAUUCAACAUUAGUGGCCUCAGUGCUGGACCUUGGCAAACAUGAUGGGAUCAAGCGAGUUUACUUCGGAAACUCUCUGGGGUUUUGGUUACAUCGGUUAAUGGUGGUGGAUGCUCUAUCAUACCUGUCACAUGGGAAGUUGAGUCUGUCCUUGGAUCGAUACAUACAGGUGGAUGUGGACGAUAUUUUUGUUGGAAUCACGGGGACCAGAAUGACGGCCCCAGAUGUGGAGGCCAUGGUGCAGGCACAGGAACGACUACAAGAGAAGGUGCAAGGUUUUAUGUUCAACAUGGGAUUUUCUGGAUAUUAUUUCCAAAAGGGAGACGAUCAGGAAAAUGAAGGAGAUAAAAAGAUAUUGGAGUACAAGAACAAGUUCUGGUGGUUUGGUCACAUGUGGAAGCAUGAACAUUCUCAUAAGUUCCAGCAAGAACGGCUUGAGCAGUCCAUGCUGAAAAACUACCAGUUCGCCAAGGAGAAGAACAUUCCUGUGCAUCACCAGUAUGCAGUGGCUCCUCUCCACUCGGGUGUCUUCCCCAUCCAUGAGGAGCUGUACACGGCCUGGAAGAAUGUGUGGGACAUCAGAGUGACCAGUACCGAGGAGUACCCCCGACUGCACCCCGCCUGGAGAAGGAGGGGCUUCAUACACAGGGGCGUCAUGGUACUACCACGUCAGACCUGUGGUCUCUUCACACACACUAUGUACUUUGACGAGUAUCCAGGCGGCCCUCAGAUCCUAGAUGACAGCAUACUGGGAGGAGAACUCUUUGCUACAUUCCUUUUUAAUCCUAUCAAUAUAUACAUGACUCACAUGUCCAAUUACGGAAAUGACCGCCUGGCCCUGUACACCUUUGAGAGUGCUAUCAAAUUUGUUCAGUGUUGGACCAAUCUGAGAUUGAAGCAGGUACCACCACUGGAAAUGGGAAUCAAGUAUUUUGAGAUGUACCCUGAAGAAAAAGAUCCUGUUUGGAGGAACCCUUGCUCCUACAAGAGGCAUAUAGAAAUUUGGUCAGAGAACAAAACUUGUGAUAGACUUCCAAAGUUCAUGGUUAUUGGACCACAGAAAACUGGUACAACAGCAUUAUACACCUUUCUAUCCAUGCAUCCAGCUAUAAUUAGCAAUUACAACAGCUCCGAGACUUUUGAGGAAGUUCAGUUCUUUAAUGGAAAUAAUUAUUACAAAGGCCUGGAUUGGUACAUGAAUUUCUUCCCCAUUCCACCGAAUGCUACCUCAGAUUUUCUCUUUGAGAAGAGUGCCACCUAUUUUGACAAUGAGCUGGCACCCCACCGUGCACAUGCUCUUCUUCCUAAAGCUAAACUCAUCUGCAUACUCAUCCAUCCUGCCAAAAGAGCUUAUUCCUGGUAUCAGCAUAUGAGAGCACACAAGGACCCUGUGGCGACAAACUACUCAUUUUUUGAUGUGAUAACUGCAUCUGACUCCGCCCCCAUGAAGCUUCAGAGUCUGCGUAAUCGAUGUCUGAUACCCGGGAUAUACGUACAACACUUAUCUAGGUGGCUGGAUUAUUACCCCUCCAGACAGUUAUUUAUUGUGGAUGGAGAAAAACUCAAGAGUCACCCAGCAGCUGUGAUGCACAAUGUUCAGCGGUUCCUACAUAUAGAACCUCACUAUGAAUAUAACGACUUACUCAGGUACGAUCCAAAGAAGGGAUUUUAUUGCCAGGUAUUGUCUAAUAACAAAAGUAAGUGUCUGGGACGAAGUAAAGGGAGGAAGUAUCCUCCUCUGGAUCGCAAGUCCCUCCUGUUCUUACAGCAGUUCUACAACAAACACAAUGUAGCUCUGUCACACUUAAUGGAAAAGUACAAGUUCAGGGUUCCUGAUUGGCUGGAACGGGAUCUCAGCAGUGGUAGAUAACAAUGAAUCUGAUUGGUUCAAGCAUUCUCUUAGGUAUCAAAUAGAAAAUUGUCUUUCAUGACAUUGAUUUUAUUGAAAUUAUGUACUGCCAAAUAUUGUUGAUGGAAAAAAAAAUGUGUGCAUGUAAAUAGGACAAUGUGUUGGAUGUAUGAAAGAAAUGUAAGGAGAGUAUGUGCUGAAAAGGUAUUGGCUAUUUGAUGCUGAAAGAUGUUGAUUGUUACUUUUUAUGUUGUCAAAAGAAUGUAAGUUGCAAUGAGAGAAUUUUUUACUGUAAAAGAAUGUGUCACUAAUUAUUUACUGGAAUCAUGUUCGAUAUAUAAAGCCAGUUUUAUUUUGGUUACUGCUUUAAAUUAAAACAGGUGCUAUGGUGGUUGCUGUGUGUGAAAGGGUGUUUUUUAGUGUGUGUAUGUGUUUGACGUACAUCUGCAGUUUGUACAAUGAUUUUUUUUUAUAGCAAAACAAUAGAAAAAGAAAUAAAUGGAUGACCAUAAUGUGUCGACAAUGAAUAAAAUCUUAUUUAAAUGAUACUUUCAAGAAGUAGAAUUAUUAACUGUAUUGUAAAUAAGUAUAUUUUCCUUGAUUUAAUAUUUUCAAAGAAUCUGUAAUAGGACUAGGUUCCUCCAAGAAUAAGGAAAAAAUACCCAUAAUGCCAAAAAUUAAAGCCCCAAAAAUGGUUGUCAAAUUUUAACCCUACCCCCUUUUUUUUAAAGAAUUGUUUUUGUUACCCUUAUAUUUAAAAUAAUUUUGAAGUAUAUUUUAUUUUAUUUUUUAAUCAUGUAUAUUUUUAAUGAUUCAACAGGUUGAGCUUUUGUAUGUUAAGUUACAAUUUUACAAAAAAUUAAGCAACUUUUUACAGAUGAUGAAAAUUCUGCCGGAAGAAUAGUAAACUCUACAUUAAGGGUAGGAAAUUAGAUUUUGAAUUUUUAAUUGUCUUCCAAAUAUGUGUAUAAAAAAGGAAACUAAUGGAAGGUCUAGUUACAUGUGUUGAUUUCUUCAUGAAAAGUGUUUUGACUUUAUUUUGUGGAAUGUAUCUAUGGUUAAAUGAGUCUUGUAUGUUAUUAAAUAGCCACACUCAGCUUUUGAAUCCCGGUUUAGGCUUUGAACAACUUGAAAACAGUUGGUAGCUAUUUUUUUCAUUAUGAAAUGUGUAAUGUUUUGUUGUAUAAAGUACUAAUUGUAUAAAAGAUAUGAAAUAUGCCAAUUUUUUUUUUAAUCUUUGGUAUUAGAUAACAGAUUUUGAUAUUAACUGCAUCCAAAUGUCCUGAAAUUUAAUUCAACCAUUGAUUUGGUUGUCUCAAUUUUAAUUGCACUGGUACAUCUAUUAUAUAGGGUAUCGGUUAAAAUUUUGUAUUAAAUAUUUUCUUUGUAUCAGAGAGUCUACUUAUGAGUAAAGAACAAGUUUUGAAAUAUAAAUGAAAUUGCAAACAGAAAACGCUGCUUUACAUGUUACCUAGCUGCAAAUCAAAAGAAAAUUUGAAUUUAUAAAUGUAUACUUUUUGUACAUUUAAUUUGAAAGGAUGAUAUUCUGUAGAUUAAGGGAGCUAACUAGGGUUUUAUUGUGUAAAAAAAACAAAACAGAAAAACCUAAAUUUUAUACUCUUUCAACUUAAAUUGACAUCAGUAUGCAUGCAAAGUUGUGGGGAAAUUUAUUUGGGAAUUUUUUAAGGAUAUUCUCAAAAUACAGAUACAUUAAUUAUUGGAUUACAUAGGAAAGUGUUUGAUUUUCACUCUUGGAAGUAAAUUACUUUUUCAUCAAUUUUUAUGACCUCCUCCUGAAGAACUUUGGCUUAUCAUAAAUAAGGUGUUGCUGUUCACAAAACUAUCAAUUAAAAAUAUUAUUUAAGAUUUUUUUUUUAAUAAUUCUAUUUAUCUUUUAUAUGUUAUAUCUUAAAUGAUUAAAAAACAAGUACCCCGGUAUUUCAAAAUUUCUCCAAAAGUUUAAAUAUUUAAAUUUGUCAUAUUUCAGUACACUGUAAGAAUUUUUUUUGCAAUGAAAAUCUAGUUGACUGCCUUAAUAGGUAUCUUUCUCUCUUUAUGACUACUAGUAAUUUUCUAUAUCAUAUAUAUAUAUUGAUGCAUUAUCUAUUUUCAUAUGUGGAAGCGUCUUGGUACAUGGUUUUUCAGGUGGUUAUUUGUUUGUUAAAAAUUUGUAACAUGUACUCUUACCGUGAAAACAAGAUUCUUUUCAUGCUGUACCUUGAGUUUUGAUUCUAUAAUGCCUGUUUCAGAAGUUGUGACAAAUACUAUGUAAUGUAUAUUCACUAUUUGUUCUGUGAACAACUUGUUGCAAAUAUGUGUUUUAUAAACAUGUAGCUGUUGGCAUAUGCAAUAUGAUAUACUAGUAUUGCUAUUCUCAUCAUUUUUUGAUCUGAUCACAAUCCUUUUUAAGUAGUUUUUAAACCCCCAAAGUUUGUAAAGCCAGUAUUAAUUGCAUGUCUUAUGUUGAUUGUAGAUUUUUACUUACUAUGGAAUCGUAAGUGAAUUUCUCAUGAACCUACCUUUUCUUUCAAGGUAUUAAAAUUGAUUUGUAGUUUUAAAAUGGUACAUAUUUUGAAUCUGCAUGAAGAUUUUUAAGUACAUAGAUUCAGAUGAAAAUUUUUAAUGAGAAUAAAAAAAAACUUUUUUAGAAUAUGCUGAUUUACAAGUAUUUUUGAAAAUAAGUUUUUUUUAAGGGCAUGAUUAAGGAAAAAAAAAUGAACUUUUCUCACUAUAAAAAGUCAUUUUUAGUGAAUAGGACUUUCAUUUCAUUAUGGACACUGCAAUUUUCCUAGAACAUAGCUUUAUGUCAGUUGAUGUUAUUUAAAAUUAAUAAGUAGAAAAUAUCAUAGACUUACUUAUUCUCUCCAUUCCCUGGAGGAAGCAUAAGGCAUGUAAAUUUCAAUGUGAAAAAAAUACUUUUCAUGUGCAGUAUUGAUUUAGACAUUGAUCAAAAUAGAAAACCCUUAAAAGAAAGAUUUUAACUGAUAUUUUUAAUAAAGAAAUAAAUGUUAA